AACCAACCCAAGCACAAGCGCAGUGCAGUGAUAACCCUUAUCCCCAAGCUCCUCCUCCUUCCUUCCCCCGAGCUCUUCUCCUCUCCAAACGCGCGCGGUUUUUCUCGGCGGCUGAUAGCUCAUGGCGUCGGUGCAGCUGUCUGCGGGGCCGCGGGUGCUGUCACCGGCGGCGGCGGCGGCGGCGAAGCUGGAGGGGCUGCGCCUGGCCGCUCCGAGGGGGCGUCGCGGGUACCGGGGGCUCGUCUUGAGGGCAGCCACGGUUGUGUCACCCAAGUAUACUUCUAUCAAACCAUUGGGAGAUAGGGUGCUCGUGAAGAUCAAGACCUCUGAUGAUAAAACUGUUGGAGGAAUAUUACUUCCAACAUCAGUUCAGUCAAAACCGCAAGGAGGAGAAGUUGUUGCAGUUGGAGAGGGGAGAAGCAUGGGCAGCAGCAGCAUAGAGAUCAGUGUUCCAGUUGGUGCACAAGUUGUCUACUCUAAAUAUGCUGGCACAGAACUGGAAUUCAAUGACUCUGACCAUCUCAUCUUGAAAGAAGAUGACAUCAUUGGUAUUCUCGACACAGAUAAUGUGAAAGAUCUGAAGCCACUGAACGACCGUGUUCUCAUUAAGGUUGCAGAGGCUGAAGAGAAAACUAAAGGUGGUUUGCUAUUGACACAAGCAACCAAAGAAAAGCCUUCUAUUGGAACAGUGAUAGCUGUAGGCCCAGGACCAUUGGUUGAGGAUGGCAGCAGGAAGCCCUUGUCAAUCACUCCUGGAAACACAGUGAUGUACUCCAAGUAUGCGGGAAGUGAGUUUAAGGGUGAAGAUGGCGAAUAUAUUGUUCUCAGGGUAUCCGACGUAAUGGCUGUUCUUUCCUAAGUGGACGAUGCUCUUAUGAAAUAGGAUUCUCUUUUCGGAAACAUGUGAAAUAGGAAUUUUGAUAUUAGUACAAAACUUUGUCGCAUUGCUCUUGCUUGGAACUGUUGUACUGCUGCAAAUGCAGUGUUCAAUACAAGACGGCCUUCUAGACUUUGGAUAUAUAA